AGAAGGGCUAGCUGUGCAACGAACCACCUACAAAAUGAAGGCUCCACUUUCGUUCUUCAUUUUCUUUUGUCUUCUUGGUACUUCAAGUGCUAUGUAUAAACAAUGGAUUCCAAACACCAAUUUUGAAAAUACCUCCAAUUGGGACAAAGGUCGUGUUCCAUGUGCCAGAGAUCUCAUCCUUUUUGACAGCAAUGAGGCUGUGUCGGUCUUUGUUCAGGCAACACAUUCGUUGACAGAUAUGUACAUACCACUGAAUGGAGAAUUCAUUAUGGCCCCGGGUGCUGGGUUUGCAGCCUUCGAUGACAGCUACGAUCCAGGAUGUGAGACAGCGUCAAAAGUUACAUUCAACACCGCAGAGAAUUACCAAUGGUAUGACCCCACACUGUGGCAUGGUGCAACCUCCUUGGAAAACCUUGAUCAGGGCAAAUACAUCUUCUCUGUAGAUGAGGAGCGUGUCCCGUGCCAGUAUGAUGAUGUCAUCUUUCCACCUGAGACAUCCUUCAGAGUGAACAUUGCAUCAUCUGAGCAGAUGAUCCAGCUCAGGAGCAUUGCUAUAAUGGGGCAGAAGUUCACCAGUGACAGCCACCUGACAGAAUAUAUGCAGAGCCAUUCUGCAAAGCUCCAGUUCCAUGGGCCAGGGACGUUCCGGUUGUCAAACACCAGAUGCCCAGACAAAUCAGGCUGUGAAUGUGGAAACACUGCGGACCACGACAGAAUCUGUGCAGCCUUGCUCCAGAAUUCUGGGAAUCAAUGCCCAGUGGCUGCAUGCAAGGAUCCAUUGAAACCAGUUGGUCAUUGCUGUGAAAUAUGCGGAGCCACAGUUUCAUUGGAAUACUUUACUGGUUUUGACAUAGAGGUGUAUCAGAACAGAGUACUCCACACUUUUCUGAGUUUGCCCAAGAAUGCAGGUAUUCAGAUGGCCAUAUCAAAGGUGAAUGGAUCACUAGCAUUUCUGGGAACUGUACAACGCAAUUCAGUCUCAUCCAUCCAGAUUGUACUCAUUGACAACAGGACAGGGUCACAGAUUGGGACUCAUGCUGAACAGCUGGCUAAGGACAUCAUGGGGGAUAUAGCAGAGCAUGGGGAAUCCUUUGGCAUUGCAGCUGGCCACUUGCAAGCAGCUACUGGCAGUAACUGGAAUGCUCAAAGGACCAAUGGACACGCUACUGCUACGAUUGCUGGGACAGUUGUUGGUGUCGUCCUUCUCCUCCUGCUGUUGGGAAUUGUCCUGCUUCUUUACAGGAAAGGGAUAUUAAGAUCUCACCCUUCCUUGCAUCUUAACUUCUUUUGGAAACGAAAAUAUGACCUAGAUCCUUCAGAACAAUCAAAUGACACAGGGUUUGACAAUCCCAUGUUCGACACAGAAUCCACACCAACGGCUUCAGCUGGCAUGUGUUCUGUGGAGGAGACACUGGAGAAGAUAGGAAGCAGAAAUAGCGAGCUUUAUUACAUUAAUCCUUUAUAUGAUGAAACAGAACUUAGCGCUUAAAAUCAAAGCUGUCAUUCUGGCUAAGUCUCCAUUGGCCGUACUUCACUUGCUGUUUCAUGUCAGUAUCUCAAGCUACCAGGUAGUCCAUGAAAUCAUGUUCAUGCACAGAGCCCAUUCAUUUCCAUGAUUUUUGUGUAAAGGAACUUCCCAGCGCAUCAUACCCAAUUCUUUUUUAAAACUGCCUGUCUUAAAUGAUAAGUUAAUUAUCUAAUGGCAGAGUCUAGCCAACCUCAUUGCUUAUGGAAGUAAAACUGUUUGCAAAUUCAUUGAUCAUUUAUAGAACAUACUUAUGCACCAGGGCCAGAAUCUUCUAUCUUUCCACAAUUUGAGUCUCCCAUAUCUGGAAUUCUGAAAUCUGAAAUAUCCCCCAAACCAAAACUUUUCUCAUGGGUGGCUGAGACAGUGACACCUUUGCUUUUUGAUAGUUCAGUGUACAAAAGCUUUCAUGCACAAAAUUAUUUUAAAACAUUGUAUAAAAUUACCUUCAGGCUAUGUGUGUAAAGUAUAAGUGAAACAUAAAUGAAUUUUGUGUUUCGACUUGGGUCCAAUCUUCAAGAUAACUCAUUAUGUGCAUGUUUGCAAAUUUGGGUAUUCCACAAUCCAAAACUCUUCUGGUCCCAAACAUUUCAGAUGAGGGAGACUCAGGUGUGGCUCCGUUACACAGUGCAGUUCAUGGAGUCAAGCAUCUGAAAAGAAUCUGAAAAUCUUAAAAAUAUUUUUUAAAAAUAUAAACUCCAAAAAGCAAACCUUGAUUUUGCCAUUUUAUAUAAGAGAUACCAUUUUACUGUGCCAUUGUAUAUAAUGGGACUUCAGCAUCCACAGAUUUUGGUAUCCACGGGGGUUCCUGGAACCAAACUCCAGUGGAUACCAAGGGCCCACUGUAACAUAACAGCAGCCCCUUCAUGGAGAUGGACGUUAAGGAGCUGCCCCGAUUCUAAUUCCUGCAGAUGCAACUCCACUUAUGAAGAUGUACAUUCCCAAGAGGAUUUCAGUCCAGAUUUCCAGAAGGAAUUCUUGUCACAAUAAAACAGUUAUAGCAGACUUUGUAUCAUUUGUGUAUGGCUCUUCUCUCAUGAUGACUGCUUGCUGUUCUUCAGAGGAAACAAUUGGCAUGAUCGAGGAAAAAUUAUGAGCAAGAUAUUUUCAGCAGGAGUAUUCAGCAUAUGCUUAAACUCUGGAAAUCAGUAGGACUUAGUAGGAACUGAUGAAUCACUUUGCUUUCUACAGCUUUCCAAUGUUGUACAAUGGAAAUUCAUUCAGUCUCAUUUCUGUAUUUUUGCGUUUCUCCACAUGAGAAGUUGUUUGCAUUACUGUAUGCGUUUCUCAAAAAAUAUGUUUUAAUGUGAAUUUCUGCUACUAUAAUCUUAUUUGCACAUAAUUUUCUUUAAUCUAUUCAUUCUGCAUAUUCAAGUCCUCAUAAUGUACACAUUUUGUAUUAUAUUUUUGCACCACAAUUUGAAAAAGUAUGCAACCAAAGGAUUGGGGAUAGAAAUUCACUUGAACUACAUUUUAAAAACUAACUUGUCAAUUUACAUUCUAAAAGACUAUUAGUAUAAAUGUGACAAUAUAUUUUGGUUUCCCAUCAAUGGAGAUAAAGCAUAAAGCAACAAAUUCUCCCCUCAACUUCCUUUUUACUUUUCAAAAUAUAUACAGAUAGAUAAAUACAAAAGAAAAUACUGUUUUGCAAAUAUUUUUCAUGAACAUAUUUCAGUCAUAGGAAAAUUUUAUACAGAAAUGUAUACUUAAGAGCAUACCAACACAUGCACAAUGACUAUGCUAAAAUAUACAAAGGCCUAAAUCUAACUGAACACUAAUAUUUAAACCCUGCAAACACAGUUGCACUGGAUUACAGCUGUAUACUUUGGACAUGACUGGGCCUGCUGCUACACUACAGAAUUAAUGCAGUUUGACACCACUUUAACUGUCAUGGUUCCGUCCUGUGAAAUCCUGGGAUGUGUAAUUCUGACAGAGAAUGCUAACUAUUUUACAAAACUACACAUCCCAGAAUUCCAUAGCAUUGAGCUGUGGCAGUUAAAGCAGUGUCAACCCGAAUUAAUUCUGCAGUGUAGAUGCAGGCUCAGAUCACAUUCAAAGUUUAAACACAUAUGUUUGCAUGGAUAGGAGUAGACAAACAGUACAACCUCCUCUUUUGUCUGCUCAGCCUGUGCUGAACUUCCUUUUGACUGAGACAUUGAUAACUCUCAGGGUUUCUGAUGACAUCUCUCACCUUCUCAGGUUUCAAUUGAGCCUCAAAGAAGAACAC